ACUAGGAUUUAAGAUAUCAAAUUAUCAGUAAUUUUCUUCCCAUCCAAGCGUACAUUUUCUUCUCAACUUUUAUUUCCAACCAUUUUCUCUCCUACCAAACAUAAAGUUGGGAUUGAAUUUUUCGUCGUUGUUUUGCAAAAAUGGCGAGAGACGGCAAUUUGAAGACGUGGGUAUCUGACAAAUUAAUGUCAUUGUUGGGAUAUUCUCAACCAACCCUUGUUCAGUAUUUGAUUGGGUUAUCUAAGCAAUCAAAUUCACCAACUGAUGUGAUGAGUAAGCUUGUGGAGUUUGGAUUAUCUUCUUCCAUGGAAACUCGUGUGUUUGCUGAAGAAAUCUACAACAGAGUGCCUCAUAAAGCAUCAUCCGGGUUGAGUGUUUAUCAGAAGCGUGAGAAAGAAGCGGCCAUGGUUGCGAGGAAGACGUAUGCUCUACUGGAUGACGAUGACGAUGAGCAGAGACAAGUGAGAAGACGAGCAGACUCAGAUGGAGAAAUGUUAACGGAGUCAAAGUUAUCGAAAAAGGAUGAAGAUAAGGCUAUUCGAAGGUAUAAUGAUCUUGAUACUUUAAGAAGGUUUUCAAGACAAGAAUAUUUGAAGAAACGAGAACAAAAGAAGCUCGAGGAAAUUAGAGAUGACAUAAAAGAUGAGCAGUAUCUAUUUGAAGGUAAGAAACUUAGUGAAGCAGAAAAUCGUGAAUUGAGGUAUAAGAAGGGAAUAUAUGAGCUUGUGGAGAAACAGACAGAGACAGAGGCAACUGAUUAUGUAAGUGAGUAUAGGAUGCCUGAUGCCUAUGAUGAUCAGGAUGCUGGUGUUGAUCAGGAGAAGAGAUUUGCUGUGGCUGUGCAACGUUGCAGGGACCCAACUGCUGGAGACAAAAAGAACCCUUUUGAAGCCUGGGAAGAACAUCAAAUUGGCAGGGCAACAUUGAAAUAUGGUUCAAGAAAUAAAAAGCAAAGGUCUGAUGAUGAUUACCAGUUUGUGUUCGACGACAGGGUUGAUUUUAUCAAGGCCUCUGUUAUGGAUGGUGAUGAGUUUUCUGUUCAACGUGAUGAUUUACAUGAGAAGUCAAUUGCAGAAUCAGCCUUUGAGAAGCUGCAGGAGGAGAGGAAAGGUUUGCCCAUUUACCAACACCGUGAAGGGUUGCUCCAAGCUAUGAAUGAUCAUCAGGUUCUGGUUAUUGUUGGUGAAACGGGCUCGGGAAAGACCACGCAGAUUCCUCAGUAUCUUCAUGAAGCUGGGUACACAAAACGUGGGAAAGUUGGAUGUACGCAGCCACGGCGAGUUGCUGCUAUGAGAGUUGCAGCCAGGGUUGCUCAAGAAAUGGGUGUCAAACUUGGGCAUGAGGUUGGUUAUUCCAUUCGUUUUGAAGAUUGUACAUCUCACAAGACUGUUCUAAAGUACAUGACAGAUGGAGUGUUGUUGCGGGAGUUUCUCGGAGAACCUGAUCUGGCGAGCUACAGCGGGGUGAUGGUGGAUGAGGCCCAUGAAAGGACACUCUCAACUGACAUUCUUUUUGGCUUACUAAAAGACAUUGCUCGGUUAAGGCCUGAUCUGAAGUUGCUUAUUUCAAGUGCUACACUGGAUGCAGAGAAGUUCAGUGGCUACUUUGAUUCUGCACCAAUUUAUAACAUCCCUGGUAGACGGUAUCCUGUAGAAAUACAUUAUACAAAAGUGCCUGAAGCUGAUUACUUAGAUGCUGCAAUUGUGAGUGCACUUCAAAUCCAUGUGACACAGCCACCUGGGGAUAUAUUGGUGUUCCUUACUGGCCAAGAAGAGAUUGAGACAGCAGAAGAAAUUAUGAAGAACAGAAUAAGGGGUCUUGGGGCAAAGAUUGCUGAGUUGAUCAUCUGCCCCAUAUAUGCCAACCUGCCAACAGAGGUACAAUCUAAAAUAUUCAAACCAACGCCUGAAGGGGCAAGGAAGGUUGUCCUUGCCACGAAUAUUGCUGAGACAUCACUAACCAUUGAUGGGAUUAAAUAUGUCAUUGAUCCAGGUUUUUGCAAGUUAAAGUCGUACAAUCCAAGGACUGGAAUGGAGUCGUUGCUAAUCACUCCAAUAUCCAAGGCAUCAGCAAAUCAGAGGGCAGGUCGAUCUGGUCGAACAGGCCCAGGUAAGUGCUUUCGAUUAUAUACUGCUUACAACUAUUACAAUAAUUUAGAUGAUAAUACUAUGCCAGAAAUACAACGAACUAAUCUUGCACAUGUGGUUCUUAUGCUCAAGAUCCUUGGUAUUCGUGACUUAUUACAUUUUGAUUUCAUGGAUCCACCACCUUCUGAAGCAAUACUAAAAGCAUUGGAACUGCUUUUUGCCUUGGGUGGCUUAAAUGAAGUGGGUGAGUUGACCAAAGUGGGUAGAAGGAUGGCAGAAUUUCCUCUUGAUCCCAUGCUGUCGAAAGCCAUUGUUGCUUCAGAGAAGUACAAGUGCUCAGAUCAAAUCAUUUCCAUUGCUGCUAUGCUCUCUAUUGGCAAUUCAAUAUUUUACAGGCCAAAAGACAAACAAGUCCAUGCUGACACUGCACGCAUGAAUUUUCAUCUUGGGAAUGUUGGAGACCACCUUGCGCUGCUUAAGGUCUACACUUCAUGGAAAGAAACAAAUUACUCAACUCAAUGGUGUUACGAUAAUUACAUACAAGUUAGGAGUAUGAAACGUGCAAGAGAUAUCAGAGAUCAACUUGAGGGACUUCUGGAGAGAGUUGAGAUUGAGCUAGUCUCAAAUCCCAAUGAUUUAGAAGCUAUAAAGAAGUCGAUCACUUCUGGUUACUUCCCUCAUUCUGCUAGGCUGCAAAAGUAUGGCUCUUAUCGAACAGUCAAGCAUCCACAAACAAUCCAUAUACACCCCAGCUCAGGGCUUGCCCAGGUGCUUCCAAGAUGGGUUGUAUACCAUAAAUUAGUACUUACGAGCAAAGAAUAUAUGAGACAAGUUACAGAACUAAAGCCAGAGUGGUUGGUCGAAAUAGCCCCACAUUACUACCAGCUUAAGGAUGUUGAAGACUCGAGUACAAAGAAGAUUCCUCGUGGAGAAGACCGUGCAUCAUAGGACAAAAAAAAAACAGGAUGCUAAGGGAAAUGAUGUCAAUCUCAACAUCGACAAGAGAAAAUUCCUCUUGAUUGUCAAUUUUGCUUCACAAUGUAGCUUGACCAAUUCAAACUACACUGAGCUGAGUCAGUUGUAUCAGAAAUACAAAGACCAAGCAUGGCAAAACGUUCUGUUGAGGAGCCGAAAGUUGAGACUCUUGGGAGCCUGUUGGAGGAAGCUCAAUGUCUCAUCUAGUUGAUCCUAGAGGAGAUUCAGGUAAGUAUUUGGGAGCAUAAUAUUUUACUAUAUAGUCAAACUUUCCAGAGGGUUGGCCUAACAAUUCUAUUCAUUUUUCUCCUUGAUCUAGCUGUUGCUUAAGUCGUUUUCCUGAGCAAUGAGGUCUUCUUCUAUUUUUAAGCAGCUUUUGCAGUUGCAAACAUCCCAAUACUUAUGUCCAUCUGAAUUUUCGAAGGCAUAUAUAGGGAUGCCUUGAGAAUCAAAUGAUUGGAUUUCCACAUCAGCUGGUGUGACAGAGGCCAUCAUAUACUGGGUGAUAAAGCAAUUGUGAGUCUUUGUUUGAGUUCUGUCAAAGAUUAUUUCGACAGAGUCAUCUUCUUUCUUGUGAUAAGAUGGUUUAGUAAGAGUCUGGACAACUUUUUGAGGUUGAUGGAGCAUCUCAUAGUUUGUUAUCCAUGAACUGGGCAAAAUCUUCAUAAGAUCAUCUGUAGAGAUUUGCCUUGGAAUAUGAGUGCAUGUUGGAACUUGGGUAGAGUCUAUUGAGACCAGUAAUGCUUCUUCAGCUGUUGGAGUCUAUAUGCCAUCUGGUAGUGAAGAGUAGCUCCAAUGGAAGUAAGAUCUUGGUCAAUUGCAGAAAGUUGGACCUCUACUUUGAAAGCGGUUGUCUUUGAGAGACAUAUUAAAGUUAGGAAACAGUGUAGUUAUUAAUGUUCAUGCGUUUAAUGUAGUUUCUAUGCUUGCUUGAUGGUAUAUCCUCAUUCGGGUGUCGAGCAGACCCGUUCGACAGCCGAUUGGAAGGCCCUUUCGGCCAUGAAGGGAAAUAGCUAAGCGAAUGGCACCAAAAUGAAUAUGGGUGAAUCCUUGCACAAUCCACUCGGGAAUAAAUUCAGGAGGGAUUUGUAAAGUAACGAAUUGGACCUCAGGAGUAGGUCUCAAUUGACACUCGCUGAAUUUAGAAGCUUGGAUAUAUUCUUUUGGGGCUUUGUAGGAUGGUUUGAUGAGUGCUUUAAUGGACCGGGUAAAAUGAGUAAUGAAUUUUGGGAAGAUUUGGUAUGAGUUAAUCAAAGGAAGGUUGUUAUUGGUAAUCUUGUUUUCUUCAGGAACAGAUGAUAGUUCAUAAAGAAAGUCAAGGUUGUUGGUUGUGGACUUACGGAAAGAUGGAGAAGGAGUAAGUGACAAUGGUGAUAUUAUAGGGGCACUAGAACUUGUAGAUGAGGUUUUGUUUGCCAUGAUCUGAAAUAGAGAUUCGUCUGUAGGAUAGGAUGAAGUAUGACUCUAGUACCAUUAAGUAUGGCUAGGAUAGGAUGAGGUUUCGUUUGUUAUGUAUUGCUGAAUUUGUCACUUCAUCUUGAAAUGAGACCGAUUUCGAGUUAGCCACAAUUAUAUUAGAUAGGGUAAGUGGCUGCACCGGUGCAACAUUUUUAUAUUUCUUACACUUUGAUUUUUUUUUUUUUCCAAUUUUUUUAUAUGAUGUUAUACAUUGUAAUCAUUAAAAACAUCUUGCAAAUUUAAGAAAUUCUGAAUAAUUUACGGUGCCAAAAAUAAAAAUUUAACAGCUGAAUUUUACACGUUUAUACCAAAAAAUAAGCACGAGUGCAACACAUUGUUUUCGGCACUGUAAUUUAUUCAUAAUUUUUUGGAAAUUUGUAGAAUGUCUUAAAUGUUACAAUAUAUACGAUUAUAUAAAAAAUUAUUGAAGUGUAGAAAAUAAUCCAAAAACAAAAACUGGCUGUACCAGUACAGCCAAAAAAGUAUCCACACCGUAGUCAUCCCCAUCCUAGAUAUACUUGUAUUAUGCAUACGAGAUCUUUGUUUGUUGUGCACUUGUGCUUUGGAGGUUUUACGAGUGUCCUUGCUUUGCAAGACAGUGGGUAUUGUUCUAAUGAUACAUUAAGAAAAUAUUGGAGACCCAAGGUGUGAUUUAUUUAUUUUU